GCCCGCGGCCCCCGGAAGUGCAUGUGGCCGCCGUCCGGGCCGAGGGGGCCCGAGGCGACAGCUGGGGCGAAACCGGCCGGACGCCCCCCGCCCCUCCCCCACCUGGGUCUCUCCUGCUGGGGGCGGCCGGCGGAGGCGCCCCCUCCCCCGGCCAUGGCCGCCGCCUCCGCCGCCGCCUCCUCCAACUGGGGUCUCAUCAUGAACAUCGUCAACAGCAUCGUGGGCGUCAGCGUCCUCACCAUGCCCUUCUGCUUCAAACAGUGUGGCAUCGUCCUGGGAGCUCUGCUGUUGGCGUUGUGUUCCUGGAUGACCCACCAGUCCUGCAUGUUCCUCGUGAAGGCCGCCAGCUUGACCAAGCGCCGGACCUACGCCGGCCUAGCGUUUCACGCCUACGGAAAAGCGGGGAAGAUGUUGGUGGAGACCAGUAUGAUCGGGCUGAUGCUGGGAACCUGCAUCGCGUUCUACGUGGUCAUCGGCGAUUUGGGAUCCAACUUCUUUGCCCGGUUGCUCGGACUCCAGGUGACGGGCGUCUUCCGGAUAUUCCUGCUGUUUGCCGUCUCCCUGUGCAUCGUACUUCCCUUAAGCCUCCAGAGGAACAUGAUGGCUUCGAUCCAGUCCUUCAGCGCCAUGGCCCUCAUGUUCUACACCGUGUUCAUGUUCGUGAUCAUCCUGUCCUCUCUGAAACACGGCCUUUUCGGCGGGCAGUGGCUACAGCGGGUCAGCUACGCUCGCUGGCGGGGCAUUUUCCGUUGCAUCCCUAUCUUCGGCAUGUCGUUUGCCUGCCAGUCCCAAGUCUUACCCACGUACGACAGCCUGGAUGAGCCGUCGGUCAAGAUCAUGAGCUCCAUCUUCGCCUCCUCGCUCAACGUGGUCACCACCUUUUACAUCACGGUAGGAUCCUUCGGUUACGUCAGCUUCACCGACGCCAUCGCCGGCAACGUGCUGAUGAACUUCCCCUCCAACCUGGUGACGGAGAUGAUCCGCGUGGGCUUCAUGAUGUCCGUGGCCGUGGGCUUCCCCAUGAUGAUCCUCCCUUGCCGCCAGGCCCUCAGCACGCUCCUCUUCGAGCAGCAGCAGAAGGACAGCACUUUUGCGGCCGGAGGUUACAUGCCCCCGCUGCGGUUCAAGGCCCUGACCCUGGCCGUCGUGUUCGGAACCAUGGUCGGCGGGAUCAUGAUCCCCAACGUGGAAACGGUCUUGGGCCUGACGGGAGCCACCAUGGGGAGCCUCAUCUGUUUCAUCUGCCCGGCUCUCAUUUACAAGAAAAUCCACAAGAAGGCCCUGUCCUCCCAGAUCAUCCUGUGGAUCGGGCUGGGCAUCCUGGUCAUCAGCACCUACAGCACCUUGUCCGUGAGCGAGGACCGUCAGCCCGGCGCAGAGCGGGACGCGCCCGCCGCCCGCCCGGGAGACGCCAAGGAGAACGUCCGGCCCAACUCGGCCAAGAUAUCCGUCCAGGACCCGGCCGUCCCGGCGGCCGGCGACGGCCGCGAGAAGCCGCGGCCGGCCGGCGGGCAGGACGAGGUGGCCCGGCCGCAGAUCGAGGUGCCCGCGGACGUGCCCCAGCGGGCCCCGGAGAAGCGCCCGGAGCCGGAGCCGGAGCGGGAGGAGGUGCAACUGGACCGUCCCGACCAAGGCAUCGCCGUGCCCGUGGGGGAGGCCCACCGCCACGAGCCGCCCGUGCCCCGGGACGAGGUCGCCGUGGACGAGGGCCGGGACGGCGAAGGGCGGAGGAAGGCCGGCCCCCCGCCCGAGGGAGCCGGACCCCCCGCCCCGGGCCGGGGCGACGGAGCCGGGGGAGCCCCCGCGCCCUCCGACAGAAAGCAGCGCCGGCCCGAGAGACAGCCCGGCGCCCGGGAGGACGGGAGGGCCGACCGAGACCCGCCGGGGACCCCCAAGGCCGGCGGGCAGCAGCGGCGGCCCGCCCCGGGAGCCCCGGCCGGCCACCCCGACGAGCGGCAGCGGGCCGACGCGGCCGGAGGAGAGGAGCGGACGGCCGCCCGGCCCCCCGGCGCCCCGGAGGAGUUGGGGCGGCCCCCCGGGACCCCCGGGGCCGCCUACGAAUGGAGCCGGCCCCCUUCCCCGGCUGUCGAGGCCGACCCGAGGAAUCCGGCGGCCCUCGGGCAGCCGUCGAACGGUAGCGCGCCCGGCUGCCGGCCGUCAGGUCGGCAGCCUCGGCGGCCCCAGGACGGGCAGAGCCAAGAAGACGCCGGUGGCAAGUUGGAGGGGGUCGGAGGGGGCCGCUGUCUUUCUGCCUGCUUUCAUCCGGUCGAUCCGCCCCCCCGGCCCCGUCCGCUCGGUUCCGCGCCUUUUACCUCGUGCGUUUUGCCGGCGGCCGGGGAACCUUCACAGCUUCCCAAUCUGUUUCUCUUCCCAACGCUUCUCCACGGGACCGAAACGGCCGAGAUUAAAAAGCUAGUCGCAGAUGGGGGCAAGGCGGAGCUGCUGGACCACGCCGUCCUCCUGCAGGUCAUCAAGGAGCAGCAGGUGCAGCAGAAGCGUCUCUUGGACCAGCAGGAGAAGCUCCUGGCCGUCAUCCAGGAGCAGCACAAGGAGAUCCGCCAGCAGAGGCAGGACGAUGGCGACGACAAGGCCAGGCCCCCCCAACGUGCCGACGGGCCGGCCGGACCGCUCCCGCCCCAGAGUAAGGAGACGGAGGUCCGAGACCCGCAGGCCGGGGCCGGAGCCAAGAGGCCGGCGCAGCCGGACGUGGGGGCCGGGCCCCCGGACCCCGAAGAGGGAGGCGGCGGGCCGCCGGAGCCGGCCGGCCCGGGGGACCGCGCCGUCACCGAGCCCGGGCCCGAGCCCGGCCGCCACGGGGCCCGGCUCGACGGAGAGCCGGCCCGGGACGCCCCUCCGGGCGGGGACCGGGAACCGGCGGCGGGGGGGAGAGGGGAGGUCGGGGCCGAGGGGGAGGCCGCCGCCACCGCCCGGAGGGAGACGGGGGCCCCGGGACCCGCGGCGGGGGCCGCGGGGCCGAAGCCCGACCCCCCGGCCGACGCCGGCCGGGGGAGCCGCGACCCCGAGCCGGCGGCAGAAUCUCCGGCGCCGGACCGGCCGGCCCCCCGCCGGGCGGAGGCCGAGGCCGCGGGCCGGGCCGCCCAGAGGCGGCCGGCCCGGGAACCCAAGCCGCAGCCCGAGUCGGACCUGCGCCGGAGGCGGCGGGCCCUGGCCGCGCCCGGGGCCGACCCCCUGGCCCCGGUGGACGCGGACCACCUGCGGGAGGUGCUGGAGGAGCGGCUCCACCGGGAGCUCGCGGGCGCCCUUCCCGUGGUCCGCAGCCGCCAGGUGAAGCAGCUGCCGCCCGCUCGGGAGGAGGCCUAG